GACGCAGGGACCUUCACCGCACAGAAGCGGCUGCAGCCCGCCCCAGGAGCAGCCCCGAGCCCCGGCGCCGCGCGGCCCAGCUGGCGGUUCGGGCGGGGGGAUCGGUGCCGCAGUGCCCGGCUGCCGAGGCGCCCGGGGCGGCGCCGCUGCUGCCCGCCGCGCAGAUGGGCUCUCCCGCAGCCCCCGCGCCGUUGGUUCGCUCCCUCCCCCGCCUGCGAACCGGCGCGGGGGACCGGCAGCCUUCGCCGCCGCCAUCUUAGGUGCCGCUGGCGGGGCGCCGCGCUGCCGGGCGGGGGAGGGAGGAGGAGGAGAGAAAAGGCGAGCGGAGCGGGGCAGUGCAACGCUUCUCCUCCCUCCUCCUCUUCCUCCUCCCUCCUUCUCCUCCUCCUCGGGGCCGAGCAGCGCUCUUCGCCCGGCGCAGAGCGGAGCCCGGACCAGCGGGGGCGCCACAGCCGGCCCGCCAGCCGGGGCUGCGCGCUGCCCUCCCCGCUCCGCGCUGCCAUGCCGCCGCCGCGCUGCUCGGGCAUGCUGCCUUCGCUGCCGACCCCCGCCGCCUGCUUGCUGCUGAUCGCGCUGCUCUGCGGAGGAGCGGAAGCCGCUCGAGUGAACAAACACAAGCCAUGGAUCGAGACAACCUAUCAUGGUAUAGUUACAGAGAACGACGACACAGUGCUCCUGGACCCCCCUCUCAUCGCCCUGGACAAGGACGCGCCUCUGCGCUUCGCAGAGAGUUUUGAGGUGACAGUCACCAAAGAAGGUGAGAUUUGUGGAUUUAAAAUUCAUGGGCAGAAUGUUCCCUUUGAAGCAGUGGUAGUGGAUAAAUCCACUGGUGAGGGAAUAAUACGCUCUAAAGAAAAGCUUGACUGUGAGCUGCAGAAGGACUACACCUUCACCAUCCAGGCUUAUGAUUGUGGAAAGGGACCAGAUGGAGCCAAUGCAAAAAAAUCCCACAAAGCAACAGUCCAUAUCCAGGUGAACGACGUCAACGAGUAUGCUCCUGUGUUCAAAGAGAAGUCCUACAAAGCAACUGCUGUGGAAGGGAAGAGGUAUGACAACAUCCUCAAGGUGGAAGCAGUGGAUGCAGAUUGUUCACCACAGUUCAGCCAGAUCUGCAGUUAUGAAAUUGUAACUCCGGAUGUACCUUUUGCUAUUGACAAAGACGGUUACAUAAAAAACACAGAGAAGUUAAAUUAUGGCAAAGAGCAUCAGUACAAACUGACAGUGACAGCCUAUGACUGCGGGAAGAAGAGAGCUGCUGAGGAUGUGCUGGUUAAAAUUAGCGUUAAGCCGACAUGCAAGCCUGGCUGGCAAGGUUGGAGCAAAAGAAUAGAAUAUGAGCCUGGUACUGGUUCCUUAGCUCUCUUCCCUGGCAUGCGUUUGGAGACGUGCGAUGAGCCCAUAACCUCCAUUGAAGCAACGGUUGAACUAGAGACCAGUCACAUUGGGAAAGGCUGUGAUAGAGACACCUACUCUGAGAAAUCCAUUCACAGACUCUGUGGUGCUGCUGCUGGCACAGUUGAGCUGCUUCCCCCUCCAAGUAGUGUUGCUAACUGGACAAUAGGACUUCCUACCGAUAAUGGUCAUGACAGCGACCAAGUGUUUGAAUUUAAUGGCACACAAGCUGUGAAGAUUCCAGAUGGUGUUGUCACAGUCAAUCUAAAAGAGCCCUUCAUGAUUUCAGUGUGGAUGAGGCACGGGCCUGGAACCAAAGAGAAGGAGACAAUUCUGUGCAAUUCAGACAAGACAGAUAUGAACCGGCACCACUACACACUCUACGUGCACAACUGCCGCCUCGUUUUCCUCUUCCGCCAAGAUCCUGCAGAGGGAAAAACAUACAAACCUGCAGAGUUUCACUGGAAACUCAAUCAGGUCUGUGACAAAGAGUGGCAUCAUUACGUCCUCAACGUCGAGUUUCCUGCAGUGACACUCUAUGUAGAUGGUGUUUCCUAUGAUCCUUUCCCAGUGACUGAAGAUUACCCACUUCAUCCUUCAAAGAUAGAAACACAGCUAGUAGUUGGAGCGUGCUGGCAAGACUAUACAGGAAGUGAAAAUGACAAUGAAACUCUGCCUGAGACCUCUGCAGGUGGUGAACUCCACAUGGCUCAGUUCUUCCGAGGCAAUCUGGCAGGUUUGAUGAUUCGUUCUGGCAAGCUGGAAAACAAGAAGGUGAUUGAUUGCCUGUACACUUGUAAAGAGGGCCUGGAUCUGCAGAUGGCUGACGGCGCUGGCAAGGGCGUGAAGAUCCACAUGAAUCCAAGUCAGUCGACGCUGAGCAUCGAGGGGGAUGACAUUGACAGAGUUGACAAGGCCAUGCAGCACAUUUCCUACCUGAAUUCCCGACAGUUCCCAACGCCUGGCAUCCGGAGGCUUAAAAUCACCACCGAUGUCAAAUGUUUCAAUGAAGAUGCCUGUGUCUCCAUCCCUUCUGUGGAGGGAUAUGUCAUGGUCCUGCAGCCAGAGGAGCCUAAGAUCAGCCUUAGUGGCAUCAACCACUUUGCCCGCUCUGCUUCAGAGUUUGAGAGCUCCGAGGGAGUUGCCCUCUUCCCUGAGCUGCACAUCAUAAGCACCAUUACACGGGAGGUGGAGCCCGAGGGGGAUGGAGAUGAAGAUCCUACAGUGCAAGAGUCUUUGGUAUCUGAAGAGAUCAUGCACAACCUGGAUACCUGUGAGGUGACUGUGCUAGGAGAGGAGCUGAACCAGGAACAGGAAAGCCUGGAGAUUGACAUGACACGGUUGCAGCAGAAAGGCAUUGAGAUGAGUAGUUCCAACCUGGGCAUGAUAAUCACAGGGGUCGACACCAUGGCUAGUUACGAGGAGGUUCUGCAUUUGAUACACUACAGGAACUGGCACACAGUUGCUCUCUUCGACAGGAAGUUCAAACUGGUCUGUUCUGAGCUGAAUGGACGCUAUGUCAGCAAUGAGUUCAAAGUGGAGGUGAAUGUGAUCCACACAGCUAACCCAGUGGAACAUGCUAACCACAUAGCUGCACAACCACAGUUCGUUCAUCCAGUGCACCACACCUUUGUGGAUCUCUCUGGUCACAACUUGGCUAACCCUCAUCCAUUUUCAGUUGUUCCAAGCACAGCCACUGUUGUGAUUGUGGUUUGUGUCAGCUUCCUGGUUUUUAUGAUUAUCCUGGGAGUGUUCCGGAUCCGAGCCGCACAUCAGCGAACGAUGCGCGACCAGGACACUGGGAAGGAGAAUGAGAUGGACUGGGAUGACUCUGCUUUGACCAUCACUGUGAACCCCAUGGAGACUUAUGAGGAUCAACACAGCAGUGAAGAGGAAGAGGAGGAAGAGGAAGAAGAAAGUGAAGAUGGGGAAGAAGAUGACAUCACUAGUGCAGAGUCUGAAAGCAGCGAGGAGGAAGAGGGAGAGCAGGAGGAGGACCAACAGAAUGUGAAUAGACAGCAACAGCUGGAAUGGGAUGACUCUACCCUCAGUUACUGAUUCUAGCUGUCCCCUCUGUCUGUUUCUGCUCUAGAAGACUCCAGUGUAACUCACUCCAUUGCUACCAAGGAUUCAUGGUGUUUCAGAAGAAAACAAAAGUCAUUCUGGCCAGUAGAUCCCACCCCCUCACCUCCCGUGUCUGUGUUCUGUCAGCUGCUCCCCGGUGCUGUUCCUAGAGUUGUAGUUAGCCUUUUCCUUCAGCCAUGCCUCAGUGACUGGAUUUUUUUUAGGCUCUGUGAGGAACCACCUUGCACUUUCUCUUUUGGUUUUGUUCUUCAUCUCAUCUCAGCUAAGUGACUCUACAGCUCUGUAGCCAUUGCACAUCAAGUUCUGAACUGUCUGCUUUGGGUCUCUUUUCCCCCUUUGCUCAGUGAAAGCAAACUUGGCUUUGUUCCUUUCUUCUCUUUCUUAAAAGCUGCAGAGAUGGCUCUUUGGCAAAGGGUGAAGCUGCUCAGUUCAGCCUCUUCAGGGCUUCGAAGUUUUCUUCUCUUUUUCUAUUUUUUCCCCCAAAUUAGUGCAUGUGUAAAGUGGCAGAAUGAGGUUAAUACGUAGGAGAUUAACAGACUUUUUAAUCUUUUGUAAAUAUGUGGGAAUUCUGUAAUUAUGUCAUUUGUGGUAGUGAAAAACAGGGAUUGGGGGGGGUAAAACAUGCUAAAGUGACAAAAACCACACAAAAAGAAGUAAUCAUGCAGCAUGAAAUGUUACCAGUCUCAUACUACUGCAGCAGGAGCACGGGCACAGCUCUCUAGUGUAGAUGUUUCAGUGUCAGGGGCCUUGGUGCCAUGGUCCCUCGUGCCCCGCUCUGGUUUUAAUGUUUCUUUUCUUUAACCUCCUUUUCUUUCAGUUCUUGGUGGAGGGAAGGGACAAGCUUGUGAGAAAUGGUAAACGCUUUACCCCUGCAGAGGUUCAGCUGCCCUGUGCAAUACACUUGUUUGUAUUUUCUUUGGUUUUCCUUUUCUGGGUUGUUCUGUUUUUCUUUCCCCUCCAAUUAAGUCUUGCAUUAAGGGCUUUUAAGUUAUUGGGGGAGAAGAAAACCCCACUGCCUGGGUGGUGGGCAAAGCAGUGGCUGUUGCUGUGGGGUGUUGCCACAGCUCCUAUUCAUUCCAGAGAGGCUGCCUGUAGUACAGUGAUGGUCUGUUCACACUGCUGCCAGGGUGGAUUGUUUGUCUAGUUGGUAGCUGAAGCUGGAGAGCCUGGCACCUGUGUACCUGGGCACCUUGGCUACCAGUCCCCAUAGAGCAGUCUUUUGGGGUUGGAUUCUUUUUUUUAUUGCUGUUUAAUUUUUAUGCUUUGGUAGUGGGAGGGUUUGGGGCAUAGCUGGUACCAUUCCUGUUACACUCCUGCUCCUUCCCUGUAGCCCCUUGUACAGUAACUUGGACUGUUGGUGUAUUAAGCCUUUGUUUACACUUAGUAAUUGUGUUUCCUGCUGGUGAGAAGCUAGAGCAUCAAGUAUCCAACCAGCCAACCUUGGGAAUCAUCUUCACGUUAUUCCAGGUCCAGAGGGGUUUGGUUGUUGCUGAUCACAGCUCUGACUUGGACUUGCAAAGGACUUUGCUAAGAAAUAGCUGAAAGGUACGAGAAGGAAGUGAUGCCCCCACGGUGGAGAGCGCUAAGUUUCUGUCGGCUCUUCUCUGCCACUUCCUUUGGGCUACGCAGAGCUGUGCGUAGUGAGUGUCUGCUUCCUUGAGCUGUACCUUUGGAGAUGCGCUAAAGAGUAACUCGUUUUGCUUGUAACAGGAGACUAGGACUCCACUGCCUCCUCAGCACGGUAAGCAAGCUCCAGUUUUCACUCUUGUCUGUAGUCUGCCUUUGUUCCAGGUGCACAGCCCCCAUCUCCCAGCAGGCUGGUUAGGGUACACGUGCUAGAGGAGCAGCAAGCCGAGGGGUGGGCACGAAGGGAGGGAACACAAAGAGAGGAGAGGUGAGGAGGCCCCCAACUGUUCUCUAGUUUUGCUUUCCAGAGCAGACCUGUGCUCACCUGGUGCUGUGUGAAAUGGGGCCCAGGGUGGGUUCGAUCCGGGGCGACGCCUGCCUGUGGAGUGCCUUUCCCAAGGGGAGCUGGAGCUGGCAGCAGGGAGGGGAAGCACAGAAGCAGCUUCACUGCUCCGGGGUGGCUUUUUUAUUUCAACUUUUAGAUUUCUAAAAACAGGGAAAUGGUUUUGACUACUUCUGUGGUAAUAGAACUGCUAGUUUUAAGUAAACUGGGAAACUUUUAACUUAUGUCUGACAGUUGUCCUGUGUUAAUGUGUAGAAGACUUAAUCCUUCCAUAUACUGUUGCUGUAGCUGCUGUAUUUUAGACCAAAACUGAUCAUGACUUAAUGGUAAUGCUGAAAGGUUGUAAGAGUCCUGAUGCAGUUUGUAGCCACUGUGGGUAUAACUUUUCAGAUGUGUAUAUUGGUAACAGGUCAGUUUGGAAAGUCUAUAAGCUACAAUAAAUUUCUGGUUCUGAA